AUGAAACAGAUCUCAACGACAGGGGAUGCAAUUGGAGUAUUACCCCCAAUUAUCAAGGAUGGAGUGAAGAUGGUUAGACUGAAUCAAAUUGAAGUCAAGGAGCAAAUUCAAAAAUGGCAGGCAUCGCUAAUUGGGUAUGUAUUGGGAGGAAAUCCAUCGUUUAAAGACAUGCUUAAGUUUGUAUAUGGUGUGUGGAACUUUGUAGCAACUCCACAAGUUUUUCUUCAUGAUGAUGGAUAUUUUGUUUUCAAAUUUGAAUCGGAAGAGGAUAAGAAGUUAGUUAUACAGAAAGGGCCAUAUACGUUUAAUAAUCGGCCAAUGAUAUUGAAGCAAUGGGAACCUAAAUUCCAAAUGAGUAAGGAGAAAACUAGGAACAUUCCAAUUUGGGUGAUGUUCCCAGGGCUGCCAGUAGAGUAUUGGACAAAGGAAAAUUUAGGUCGAAUAGCGAGCUGUAUUGGGAAACCUAUAUGCUCUGAUAGGUUAACUGAAGAAGGUGAAAGAAUUUCUUAUGCUAGGAUGUUGAUUGAAAUGGAUAUAUCACAGGAGUUGCCAAAUGUAUUGGUAAUUGACGAGGAAGAGGGUAUAUACAGGGAACAAGAACUAGAGUAUGAAUGGAAACCAGAUUUCUGUGAUGCUUGCUUCCAAAUAGGCAAACAUGAAGUCAAUUGUGAAAAAGCCCCAAGUGAGAAACAAGAGAGGAGAAACAGAAUAGACAAGCUGGAAUGA